UGAGGGGUUCACUCUUCAAAUUAUAAAAAUAGGUUUUGCGUUUUGAGUGAUUUGAGUUCCAUCUCUCCUGCAAAAUUUCUCGUUCUCAAUCUACUUUCAUGCGAAUAUGUUGAGUUCUCAGGCUGUGCUUCGAUGUCUGGUUCUUGCAUGGACGCUUCAUCUCGCUUUCUCCUUGGAGUUCUUCAAGCCUUUCAAUGUGAGUUACGAUCACAGGGCUCUUGUCAUCGAUGGCAAGAGACGUAUGCUUAUCUCUGCUGGAAUCCACUAUCCUCGAUCCACCCCUGAGAUGUGGUCUGAUCUGAUUGUAAAAAGCAAGGAAGGUGGGGCAGAUGUGAUUCAAACUUACGUGUUCUGGAAUGGGCAUGAGCCAAUCAGAGGACAGUAUAAUUUUGAAGGGAGAUAUGAUCUCGUCAAAUUUGUGAAGCUGAUUGGGUCAAGUGGACUUUAUCUCCAUCUCCGCAUAGGCCCUUAUGCAUGUGCAGAGUGGAAUUUCGGGGGAUUUCCAGUUUGGCUGCGUGAUCUUCCUGGUAUUGAGUUCCGAACCAACAAUUCAGUAUUCAAGGAUGAGAUGCAGAGGUUUGUUAAAAAGAUUGUAGAUCUCAUGAAGCAGGAGAUGCUAUUAUCUUGGCAAGGUGGCCCCAUCAUAAUGAUGCAGAUCGAGAAUGAAUAUGGAAAUAUUGAAGGAUCAUAUGGUGAGGGAGGAAAGGAGUAUGUUAAAUGGGCUGCAAGCAUGGCUCUUGGGCUUGGUGCUGGUGUCCCUUGGGUUAUGUGCAGGCAAAAUGACGCACCGGAAACUAUGAUAGAUUCCUGCAAUGCAUUUUACUGCGAUGGUUUCAGGCCAAAUUCUUACAAGAAACCAGCACUUUGGACAGAGGAUUGGAAUGGAUGGUAUACAUCUUGGGGGGAAAAAUUGCCUCAUAGACCAGUUGAAGACAAUGCAUUUGCUAUAGCUCGUUUUUUCCAACGUGGUGGGAGCUUUCAUAACUAUUAUAUGUAUUUUGGAGGAACAAACUUUGGACGGUCAUCAGGGGGACCGUUUGAUAUAACGAGUUAUGACUAUGAUGCUCCCAUUGAUGAAUAUGGCCUGAUAACACAACCUAAGUGGGGGCAUUUGAAGGAUCUCCAUGCAGCGAUAAAGCUUUGUGAGCCUGCUUUAGUUGCUGUUGAUGAUUCACCACAAUAUAUGUGGUUGGGACCAAAUCAGGAGGCACAUGUAUAUCGUCAACAUGCUCAUCAUGAAGGCCUGAACCUAAGUCAGUCAGGAAACGGAAUUGGGUGCUCAGCAUUUCUUGCAAAUAUUGAUUGGCAUUGGUCAGCUACUGUGACAUUCCUUGGUCGGCAAUAUACUUUACCACCUUGGUCGGUGAGUAUAUUACCAGACUGUAGGAACACGGCUUAUAACACUGCCAAGGUUGGGGCACAAAUUUCCAUCAAGACACUAGAUUUUGGUUUUCCUCUGUCUUCUAAUAUAAAGGAACCUAAAGAAUUUUUGCCUCAUUCCGAAGUUCCCUUCGCUAUCUCAGAAAACUGGAAGGCUCUUAAAGAGCCAGUUGGGGCGUGGGGCGAUAAUUUUACUGUUCAAGGCAUAUGGGAGCAUUUAAAUGUGACAAAGGACACAUCUGAUUACUUGUGGUAUAUAACCAGGAUACAUAUUUCUGAUGACGACAUUUCACAUUGGGAGGAAACUGAAGUUAGUCCCAGCCUUAAUAUCGAUAGAAUGCGUGAUGUAGUUCGCAUUUUCAUAAAUGGCCAGCUUGCAGGCAGUGCUGUUGGUAGUUGGGUCCGAGUUGUGCAGCCUGUUCAUUUAUUGAGGGGAGACAAUGAGAUAGCAUUAUUAUCUGAAACAGUGGGUUUGCAGAACUAUGGUGCCUUCAUUGAGAAAGAUGGAGCAGGAUUUGGAGGCAAAAUUAGACUUACAGGUUUGAAAAAUGGGGACAUUGACCUCUUGACGUCAUUUUGGACCUAUCAGGUGGGGCUGAAGGGUGAGUUUAUGAGAAUAUAUGGUCUAGAUGAAAAUGAGCAGGCAGAUUGGAUGGAUUUGGCUCUGGAUGCAACUCCGUCCACCUUAACAUGGUACAAGACAUAUUUUGAUGCUCCCAAGGGAGUCGAUCCUGUUUCACUCAAUUUGGAUAGCAUGGGAAAGGGAGAGGCUUGGGUUAAUGGCCACAGCAUUGGAAGAUUCUGGUCUUUAGUCGCCCCAAAAAAUGGCUGUCCGAGUACUUGUGAUUAUCGUGGGACCUUUUAUGAUAUGAAAUGUGCCACAAACUGUGGGAAGCCUACCCAAAGCUGGUACCAUAUCCCUCGAUCAUGGUUGCGGGCAUCCAAUAAUCUUCUUGUCCUCUUCGAGGAAAUAGGAGGAAACCCAUUGCAUAUAUCAAUCAAGUCACGUAUUACUGGAAUUAUCUGUGCUCAAGUAUCAGAGUCCCAUUAUCCACCUCUUAGUGCCUGGUCACAUCCAGCUAUUAUCCAGGGAAAAAUCUCAAUCGAGGAUGUGCCACCAGAAAUACAUUUGCAGUGUGAUGACGGACAUGUCAUCUCCAGCAUAACAUUUGCUAGUUAUGGUACUCCUGGAGGCAGUUGUCAAAGUUUCUCAAUGGGCAACUGCCACGCCCCUAGUUCAAUGUCUAUUGUAGUCGAUGCAUGCCAAGGAAGAAACAGCUGUUCCGUCAAUGUUUCAAAUGCAAUUUUCGGAGACCCAUGCCGAGCUGUCAUUAAGACUUUAGCUGUGGAAGCAAGAUGCACAUCAUCUCUUGGUAUCAGUGAUGCUUAGUUAUGACACUUCAAGUAGCUGAUGCACUGCAAAAUAGAGCUGGUUGAGCCCCAGAAUACAAUUAUGUGCUGCAAUCCACUAAUCGCUUGAUGUAUGAGAUUUUGUUUAUUAUCAUGUAAUUUCCAGUGUUAUCUUCUUUUGUUUAUAUUUAGGUACAUACUCUAGUUUGUGCACUAUGACUAGAAUGUGUAUACAUGGAAUAAGGAUACAUCUGUUUUUGGUAAGGUGUAUCUGACAACUGGGUGCAAAAUAAAACCCAUUCACUAUCUGCAGUCCAGAUGAC